AUGUGUCAAGUAUUUCGAGGUUCACACAUAAAAGAUGUCAUUCAUCUUUUGAAUGUAAUAAAAUUUGAUGAUACACUUUUACAAAGUAUUCUUCUUAAUAUGGUCAAAGAAUCCGGAAUCAGUUCUCUUAUUCAUUAUAAUCAACCUAUUAAUGAAAAUACUUGUUUUCUAUAUUAUUCAUAUACAUGUAGAAGAGAGAAACUAAGUGUUACAGAUGUAAAAGCAAAUAAAAUCAUAUCAAUUUCACCCAAUUUAAAUAAUGCGACUCAUAUGAUUACUGAAAUAAUAUCGGGUUUCGAAAUUUUAUGUAUUAUACAAGUACCGACGGCUCAACUACUGGAUCAAAUUGACCAUUUACUUAAUGAAAUAUCUGAACGACUUCACAGUAGUGACAAACCAUUGAAAUUCACUGACGAAGAAGAACAUAUAAUUAAUGAACUAUCUGAUGUGAUCAUAUUUGGUUCUGAAACAUGUUUUGAUAAUCCAAAUACAUUAUCAAUCUUAAAUGUUCUCAAUAGACUACAACAUUUUCAGAACAAUACAAAUUUUCAUCGUCCGAUACAAUAUAAAAUGUGUUCACUGAAAUGGCUAUAUGAAAAUCAAUCAUACCCUGAACCAUAUCGUUUGUCAAAUGAUGAUAACUGUAAUAUUUCACAAAUUAUUCCUACGAUAAUGCGUUUAAAUAAUUGGAUGAAGGAUAUUCAAAAACUAUUGAAAAGUCUUCCCAAAAACUUAAACAUUUUGACAUCCAAUCGAUGGUCAAAGGAUAUUCCAGAGCAGUUUGGUGUUUUACUUAGUACAUAUGAGCAAUAUCGAACAGAACUUCGAAGUACACUGAUUGAUGUGCGUCGAGGUAUUCGAAAAUCGGCAGAAAUUAACAAUAUAAUAUCAAACCGAUACUAUUCUUCAUUGAGAGAACCUGCCAUUGGCGUUUUUUAUAAUGAAGUAGAUCAAUGGUUGACAAAAUACAAAUUAAUCAAAAGACUUAACGAUGAUAACAUUGCUUAUUUUAAUGUUCUCGAUAUUCCUGGUUGCAACAAUAUUUUCCUGAAAAUGCAAGAUAUUCAUGAAGUACUUAAUCGUCGUUUUUCAAAGAAAGAUAGUUCCGCAAUUCUUUGGUUUUCAAGUGAUCGAUUGAAACGAGAAAAAUCUGUUCGAUGGGAGCAAAUCUAUCAAAAUAUAAUUGAACAACGACAGAACACAACACAAAGAGUUUCCUUAAUCUAUGUUGAUUUCAGUGAAUUUCCAAAAAACUUAGAAGAUUUCGGUGUAAGAAACUUACCAAUACAAUCAUCAUUAGACACUCGACCCAAACAUUGUAGAAAACAUCAUUCACCAUCUAUUCCACAAGAACAAUCAUCAUCAGUAACUGAAAUCAAUGUUUUACUUAUGGGAGAAACUGGAGUUGGAAAAUCAACAUUCAUUAAUGCAUUUGUUAAUUAUUUAAUGUUUGAUACUCUUGAACAAGCUGAACAAAAUCAACCAGUUGUAGUAAUUCCAGUCUCAUUUCUUAUUACGAUUGGUAAUCAAUUUGAUGAGCGUAUUGUUAAAUUUGGUGAUGUUGAUGUGAAUGAAAAUUAUGAACAUCAAGGUCAAUCAGUAACACAACAAUGUAAAUCAUAUGUAUUCAAUUUAAAUGAAAGAUUACUUUUACGUUUAAUUGAUACACCAGGUAUGGGUGAUACACGU